AUGUCUGAGGGUGAUACGUCGAUGAAUAUGAAUAACUUGGCUCUGGACCCUGCUGCCAUCAUGUAUCAUAAUCAUGCAGACAACCUCGGGUCCACCUCAUCAGCCUCGCAGGCUGACCAAAAUUUACCUGAUGCAUUAAUGACCGAAAUGCUACAAGAUAAUUUGAUGAUUGAUUACGAUAAUCUACCUGAUUUGAAUAUUAACAUGAAUGCUCUUGACGACAAUGGCAACAUGCCGGAAUCUUUCACACCAAUAAGCAACUUGAUGUCGCCCACUGAAAACGAACAAGGGGAUGGUAUUGGAAGACUUGGCAUGAAUACUGAGGAUGCUCAAAUGGGAGAAAUUGGGGCUGGACCUUUACCUACAGGCUUCGGUGCUCAACCUUCACUUCCCGGUAGCAGCACAUUUACGGACUUUACGAAACGAAGAAAUUGGCCACAAAAGGUGGUUGAGGAAAUCAAGGAUUUUUUGCACGUCCUAACUCCGACUGGAAAAUUUGUUUAUGCUUCUCCUAGCUGCCAAAGUCUUACUGGAUACGCGCCCGAGGAACUUUCGGGUAAAUAUAUUGUGGAUUUUAUACAUCCAGAUGAUAGCGCACUCUAUAUCCGAGAAUUCAAUGAAGCCAUUGCAUCAGGUAAUUCCCUACGAUUCUUCUACCGGUUUCGCAAGAAGGAUCUUCAGACCUUCGCAAUAUUCGAUUCCAAGGGACAUGCCCAUUAUGCAUCGGCAACAGCCCCAUCGACCCCGCAUCUUUCACUUAGAGAUACAUCGGAUUAUUGCAGAGGUGUUUUCAUGAUGGCACGGCCAUACCCAACGGCCAAUGCCGUUUUACUGGAUUCAUUUUUGGAACAUAAAAUUGAGUUUGAGCGAAUGACGAAGCGUAUUGAGGCUCUCAGAAGAGAAGAGCAAGACGAAGAUGAGGGCGAAAGACAGUUGACUCAUAAGCAAUCACCAGAGUCAUCUGGUACAAUAACUACAUCUAUGAGCGCAUCGAUAGCUGUCGUCCCGAGCCAUUCUGAUUUCAUGUCGAUGCCUCCCUCAGCGAGGCCGGAUAUGUCACACAGCGCCUUAACAAGGGCGAAUCUCGAGGAUGCUAGUUCUAGUCGCAAAUCUGACUCCAUCAACGAUAAAAUGUUACGAUUUGGGGGGGCAGAUCGCAUAGAGAUGCUCACAGGGCUACAAUAUCGAGAAGGUGAAAGAAGUCAAGGAAUUAGCACAGGCGACCAUAACCCAGCGUUGAUCAAAGGUGAUGCUGGAAUUGUAAUACCGUUUGACAAAGACGGUCGUUCAGGAGACAAGAAGAAGAAGUUGAAGCUAGUAGAGGAAUAUGUCUGUACGGAUUGUGGUACUACGGAAUCACCUGAAUGGCGCAAAGGUCCUUACGGUCCCAAGACGCUUUGUAACGCUUGCGGUCUUCGAUGGGCAAAGAAAGAAAAGAAAGAAAAGAAACAAAAUCCAGACCCUCCUUCAAAUCUUCCCAUAGGAGUCUAA